GCCUGGCCCCUAAAGACACUUUCUAGGGCCUCAGGGAAAGCCUGAAACUGGGCUGCUGGCUUGGGCAUCUGUCACUUGACAACUUGGGCAUUGUCUUGUCACAUUUUGUAUUCAUGUGGCUGGUUCUCCAUUGCCACUUCUCAUAAGUCAGGGUUUUAAUCAAGGAUUCCCUUGGCAUUGGUAUUAAUCCGGCUUCUCCCCAAAGCAUCCCAGCUCCGAGGGGUGGCACCUGGCUGUGGGCGCCAUGAGUCACUGGCUAGCAGCCGGACUCCAGGCUCAGAACCUGAGAAUCUUGGCGGUGGGGCAGGAUUGUGAGGCCGCAUUCUGUCCCUGGCGAGACCCGGCGCUGCCCAGUUCCUCCUGGGCCUCCCAACGCCCCCGAUGGCUUGUGCCCCAUGGCCGUCUGUCUGGUCCCUCCUUCAUGUCGGUCGCUGCCCCCCCGGUGACUGCUUGGCUUCUGGAGUUUAAGGGGGCUUUUCCCACCCCGUACUGAGGCACCCCCGCAUCAUUCCUGGGCGUGUCCCCAAGAACAGCCAUGUCCUCCACAGUGCAAGCUGAAGGGAUACCCACUCACCAUCCCAGGGUCUACAACAUCCACAGCCGGACCGUCACCCGGUACCCUGCCAACUCUAUCGUGGUCGUGGGAGGCUGUCCUGUCUGCAGUUUACUCUGCAGUCGAUCAUCGAAGGUGGUGGAAGGUUUCGUUUUCCCGGAAGGGGCAUUUGGAAGUAAGUGCACCAGCAGGAGAGACCUCAGUGGGAGAAGCGACGGCUGUAAGAGCUGCUUUAGCCAAAGCUGGCUUGAAACGCCCUUUCACGAGCUGGACCAGGAUGGAAGCCCGGUGGUUCUUUGAGGGUCGGGGUGCUGGAGGACUGCUUCACCUUCCUGGGCAUCUUCCUGGCCAUCAUCCUGUUCCCCUUUGGGUUCAUCUGCUGUUUUGCCUUGAGGAAGCGAAGAUGCCCCAACUGCGGAGCCACCUUCGCUUAAAGGAGCAGCAGGCCCGGCUCUCCUACCCCAGCUCUUUUUCUAAUGUAAAUGUUGUGUACAAUAGUUUUAUUUGAUUAAGCUUCAGAACUGUUUUGUAAAGCGAGGUGGGACAGAUGUGGCACACGCCAGCUGCGGUUUCCCGGAGUGUGGAGCGGCAGCGCUGCUGCUCCCGCCCGAGGCUCAUGACAACUCAAUAAAGCACUGCUUUUAUUUUCUGCAGUCUUCAAUUUGAGAAAGGUGAGAAAUAAUGUUUUCAAUAAAUGAGAUUCAUACCAUUG